UAAAAUAAGAUACUAUUCUUACACGUUAGUCAUGAUUGGUUGCUGGCGGUGAUAUAUGUAUAGAUGUGCAUUUUAUGCUGAACUAUGGGGCGGGACGAAGCAGAAUGGUGUUUAUUCAGGAAUAGACUAAAGACGUGCCUCUUCGUACUGAUUGAAUACCUUAAACACCAGAAAAGUUUCCAUUAAACGAAGAAUACGUUCACCAGGUAACGUUUACCAAACCUUUAGAGAAUUCUUGAACUGGCUUCAAGUUUCAGUCCCGAUAACCAGCAAAGUAAAGAAGGGCGAUAUGCCACAACAGACUACAACCCCCAAAGGUUUAUUACCUCCACCAACUGGACGGGGUUAACAAACCAAGUGAUGGAGCCCAUGGCUGUGAGCAUCUCAGUGGUCGGGCCGGAUGAGUUCAACCGCAACAUGCCGCGCAUCUGUGGCGUCUGCGGCGACAAGGCCACCGGCUUCCACUUCAACGCCAUGACCUGCGAGGGCUGCAAGGGCUUCUUCAGACGCAGCAUGAAACGUAAGGCCAGUUUCACCUGCCCCUUCAACGGCAACUGCUCCAUCACCAAGGAUAACCGGCGCCACUGCCAGGCCUGCCGGCUCAAAUGCUGCGUGGACAUGGGUAUGAUGAAGGAGUUCAUCCUGACAGAUGAGGAGGUGCAGAGGAAGAAGGAUCUGAUCCAGAAGAGGAAGGAGGAGGAGGCGGCGCGGGAGGCCCUGAGACCAAGGCUGAAUGACGAGCAGAGCCAGGUCAUCGCAUCAUUGGUGGAGGCACACCACAAGACCUACGAUAACUCCUACUCCGACUUCACACGCUUCAGGCCCCCGGUGCGAGACAGGCCAGUAACACGCAGUGCCAGUCGUGCAGCCUCCCUUCACUCGCUGUCAGAUGCCUCCUCAGACUCCUUCAACCACUCACCAGAGUCGGUGGACACCAAGCUGAUGAAAUUCAGCAGUCUGUUGAUGAUGUACCAGGACAGUGCAGGCAGCCCGGACUCCAGUGAGGACGAUGGCUCCAAGCUCUCCAUGUUACCCCACCUGGCUGACCUGGUCAGUUACAGCAUCCAGAAGGUCAUUGGCUUUGCUAAGAUGAUCCCUGGCUUCAGAGGGCUGAUUGCUGAGGACCAGAUCGCCCUGCUCAAGUCAAGUGCCAUCGAGAUCAUUAUGCUACGCUCCAACCAGUCUUUCAAUAUGGAGGAUAUGUCCUGGAGCUGUGGUGGUAGCCCUGACUUCAAGUACUGCAUCACCGACGUCACCAAGGCGGGUCACACUCUGGACCUGUUGGAGCCGCUAGUGAAGUUCCAGGUGGGCCUGAAGAAACUCCAGCUCCAUGAGGAGGAACAUGUGCUGCUCAUGGCCAUCUGCCUGCUGUCUCCAGAUCGUCCAGGGGUGCAGGACCACGCUAAGAUCGAGGAUCUCCAAGACAGUCUGUCGGAGGUGCUCCAGGCUUACAUCAGGGUGAACCACCCGGGAGGACGCCUGCUCUACGCCAGAAUGAUCCAGAAGCUGGCCGACCUGCGCAGCCUCAACGAGGAGCACUCCAAACAGUACCGCUCACUGUCCUUCCAGCCCGAGCACAGCAUGCAGCUCACCCCACUGGUGCUGGAGGUAUUUGGGAGAGAGGUGUCCUAGCAGCCACGCCGACACCCACCACCACACCUCUGGUUGGAAGAUAUGGACAGACGAUCCCUCCCGUGAGGACCCCCGGGAGUUAAUUUGUUGAGUUUCUGGAUAGAGGGCUCAGCGAUGGGGUUGAUGAAAAGGUCUCUGAGGGGGAAUAGCGGAAUGGACCGGAAAGUCACACUGUCACAAAGGUUUUGGGGGGUUAAUCAGGGUAUUAUGGGUAAAUAGCGGAGGAAGGGGCUUCGAUAAGGUUGUAAUUUCCCGUUCAUAAGAAAAAGGGAAUUUCAAACAGAAUGUAUUUAUAACUAAACUAUAAAUAUACAGUACCAGUCAAAAGUUUGUAUACACCUAUUCAUUCAAGGGUUUUUCUUUAUUUUUACUAUUUUCUACAUUGUAAAACAAUAGUGAAUACAUCAAAACCAUGAAAUAACACAUGGAAUCAUGUACUAACCAAAAUAAUGUUAGAUAAAUAAAAAAAUAUAUUUUAUUCUUUAGAUUCUUCCAAGUAUUCGGGUGACCCUUUGCCUUGAUGACAGCUUUGCACCAUCUUGGCAUUCUCUCAACCAGCGUCACCUGGAAUGCUUUUCCCGCAGUCUUGAAAGAGUUCCCACAUAUGCUGAGCACUUGUGGGCUGCUUUU